AUGGCGUACGAGGAGCUUCAUGCUCUUAUUCGAGACCUGCACCAAACCCUAGAUCAGAAGCAUGUGGAUAAAACAGCUGCGCUUUUAACCCGUGCAAAGCGUGCGCUUCUACAGCUCAACGCUCUCAUUCCUUCCAGCUCAACUCCUCAUCCACUCAUCUCCCUUGCGCGUGAGAUCCUCGAGCUAGGUGCCAUUACAUCAAUACGUCAGAAAGAUGCCCCUUCCUUUACCAGAUAUUACCAGCAACUACAGCCUUUCUACGAUACCGAAAGACAUCUACAGGCGGCUUUUGCAGAGGAGGCAGAGAUAAACUUAAAAACCAGCCAGCGGAGCAAGAUAACAGGCCUCUACUUGCUGCUACUCUUGAGCAUGGGAAACAACACAGAGUUUCACACCGUUCUAGAAGGGUUGGUGGUGGAAGCGUCGUUGAAAGGCCAUCCCGUUGAAGCAGAUCCGUAUAUCAAGUACCCCGUUGAGUUGGAGCGGAGCUUGAUGGAGGGCAGUUAUGAUAAGGUCUGGCGUGAAACGAAAUCAGAACGAGUCCCUUCAGAAGACUUUGGGCUAUUUUCAUCUAUUCUUGUCGGUACCAUUCGAAGUGAAAUUGCUGACUGCUCUGAAAAGGCAUACCCGUCUCUCCCCGUCUCUAAUGCUAAAAACUUGCUGUUCCUUGACUCCGAAGGUGCUGUUGUAGAGUUUGCUAAGGAGCGAGGGUGGACGUUGAAGGAUGGACGAGUAUACUUCCCUAGUCAACAAGAACAGGAGGAACAGAACGCUCCCCAGAAGACCGGCAAGGAGAUUAUGUUAACAACCGGCUCCGUGAUCGAGAAUACGAUUGGGUAUGCAAGAGACCUGGAAACCAUAGUUUAA